CCCCAGUGAAAGUCAUCGAGGAACUGUGCCUAAUGUCGCUACGUAAAUAUAACCUGAAAAAGCGAAUAAUUGUAACCAAAAAAAACCUUCCUCACGAGUGUCACUGUAAAUCAUCGUUGUACACGUAUGAGACAGACACCAAACUUGCUCUAACCGGUCCGAAAUCAUAUCGAAAACUUUUGCUUGUCAAAAUUCAAAUUUGAGGUUAUAUCAGUUUGCGCGGGAAGUGGGAAACGGGUAACACGAUGGGUAUUCUCGGCUUAUCAAAACUCCUGGCCGACGUGGCCCCCCACGCUAUCCGAGAGGGCGAAAUCAAGCACUAUUUCGGCCGAAAAGUCGCAAUUGAUGCUUCGAUGUGUCUUUACCAAUUUUUGAUCGCUGUCCGCAACGAAUCCGGUCAGUUGACAUCAGUCGACGGUGAGACCACUUCCCACCUCCUUGGUACGUUCUAUCGCACAAUCCGACUCAUCGAAAACGGCAUAAAGCCAGUCUAUGUCUUCGACGGUAAGCCCCCCGAGUUGAAAUCGGCCGAGCUCACAAAACGGCAAGAGCGUCGCGACGAGGCCCAGAAAGCCCUCGACAAGGCCACUGAACUCGGGGAUGUCACCGAAGUGGACAAAUUCAACCGGCGAUUGGUCAAAGUGACCCGCCACCACGCCGAUGAAGCCAAACAACUACUCACUUUGAUGGGCGUUCCGUAUAUCGAAGCCCCCUGCGAAGCCGAAGCCCAAUGCGCGGCUAUGGUCAAAGGAGGGCUGGUUUACGCCACCGCAACGGAGGAUAUGGACGCGUUGACGUUCGGCUCGAAUGUCUUAUUGAGACACUUGACGUUUAGCGAGGCGAGGAAAAUGCCCGUGCAAGAAAUUCACUUGAAUAAGGUCCUAGAGGGGCUCGACUUGGACCAGAAGGCGUUUGUGGAUCUGUGCAUUUUGCUAGGGUGCGACUACACAGAGAGCAUCAGGGGAAUUGGCCCCAAAAGAGCCAUCGAAUUGAUCAAAAAACACAAAAGUAUUGAGGAAAUUUUGAAGAAUAUUGAUGUGAAGAAGUACCCCCCGCCGGAAAAUUGGAAUUUUGAGGGGGCGAGGCUGCUGUUUGAGGAACCAGAAGUUUUGGAAGCUGACAAAAUUGAGUUGAAGUGGGCCGACCCCGACGAGGAAGGCAUGGUGAAAUUCCUCUGCGGCGACAAGCAAUUCAAUGAAGAACGUGUCCGAAACGGCGUUAAGAAAUUACUAAAAUCACGUUCGAGCAGUACUCAGGGCCGGCUAGAUGGAUUUUUCACCGUUUUGUCAACAACACCAGCGAAACGUAAAGCCGACAACAAGAAAGAAACACCCAAUAAGAAAAAGAAGACUGGUGCAGGUGCCGGUAGAGGGCGUGCUAAGCCCAAGUAAUCUCAAAUAAUUUAACAAAACUCGAAUCACAGAUCUGCUCUAAUCCAUUUUAUUUACUAGUUCUUGUAAGAGUGUGUUAUUGCAUGCGAAAGUUCUCUUUUUUACAUAAUUUUUUGUCCUAAUCUGAAAGGAAAAUCAAUAUUAUUAUUAAUACAUUGUUUUGAUCAA